GCCGGAAGUGCCUGUAGCACGUGUAUUGGGAGCUCUCUCGUUACCUGCGUGGUCUCUGCUCAAUCGCUGGACUCCGCCCUCUCCCCCAGAUUCCUCACUGCGUAUAGUGAUGUCAUCAACCGACUCCCGUGACACCCGCAGCCCCGCAGAGACACCCACACUCCUCUGUUAGACGUUCUUGGGAGGUAAUUAGUGUUGCUGAUCUGGAUCCCACCCUGACGGACCCUCAGCCCGAGCUUUGUGCCCCCCUCCUCCCUAAACCGCAUCAUAAAUACCACAGGCCCCUCAAGAUGGCGCUGAAUCCCCGUGACUUGCUCAUGCACCUGCUUGUGGCCCUAUUUGGGAUGGGCUCCUGGGUGUCCGUGAAUUCCCUGUGGGUGGAGCUGCCUGUUGUGGUGAAAGAACUUCCUGAAGGUUGGAAUCUCCCCGCAUUCCUGACUGUAAUUAUCGCACUGGGUAACGUGGGGCCCCUGGCAGUCACCUUGAGCCACCGUUUCUGCCCCCCCGGGCGGGUGUCGGAGCCCUGGCUCAUACGCUCUGUGCAGGGGCUCAGCCUGGUCUCUGCGGGGUUCCUGGCGGGGUUCUGGGACCGGCGGGUGCUGGUGGCGGGAGAGGAGCGCAGUGUACCCUAUCUAGUUUUGGGGUACUUACUGGCUCUGGGCUGCUGUACCUCCAACGUCACCUUCCUGCCCUUCAUGUACAGUUUCCCCCAGCAGUUUGUGCGCAGCUUCUUCAUUGGGCAGGGUCUUAGUGCCCUCUUGCCUUGUGUCUUGGCUCUGGCGCAGGGGGUGGGGCGCUUGGAGUGCCACAAUAAUACGUGGGGGAAUCACAGUGAACCCCACUACCUGCAGGAGAACUUCCCUGUCUCCUCAUACUUCUGGGGUCUCUUCUGCUUCCUCGGGGUCUCUGCUCUGGCUUUUUUUCUGCUGCUCAUCCUACGCGAGCGCAAUAAGGAGGAGGAGCAAGGGGAGGGGCCAUCGCAGCAGAGAGAUGGGGGUUCUGAGGAUUCCUACCCCCUGAAAUCUCCAGAGCAGGAACAGCCCCAAGAGCCCCCUAAUGGCAAUAAUGGGGAGCAGAGUUUUUGGACAGCACGGAAUGUGUAUUUACUUGUGCUCUUGGGCCUGUCUAACGCACUGACCAAUGGGAUCCUGCCCUCAGUACAGACCUAUAGUUGCCUCCCCUAUGGGCCCGACGCCUACCACCUGUCAGUCAUCCUCAGCAACAUCGCCAAUCCUGCCGCCUGCUUCAUCGCUAUGUGUCUCCUGUGCAGGUCAUCAGUGAUUCUUGGGGUGAUUAUGGCAGUUGGAAUGAUAUUCGGGGGGUACCUUAUGGUCUUGGCUGCCCUCAGUCCGUGUCCCCCGCUAGUGGGGAGCUUGGCCGGGGUUGUGCUAGUGAUAUUGUCCUGGACGCUGUUCCUGGGCCUCUUGUCGUAUCUAAAGGUGGUUAUUGGGAGCCUGUUGCAUGAAGCUGGGCACAGCGCCCUCCUGUGGUGUGGAGCAGUCAUACAGAUUGGGUCUCUGGUGGGGGCUCUGGUCAUGUUCCCCAUGGUCAGUAUCUACCACCUCUUCCAGAGCGGCCGAGACUGUCAGGACAACUGCCCUCUUUAACUAAAGUGCACUUACAUUCCCCAAAUUGAAUAUGUCUGUGGAUUUUGUAGUAAACAAUGCAAAUAAAAACUUUUUGGUACUUUGA